AUGUCUGCUACAAAUACGAAUACAACUGGUGCUACACAGGAAGAACAACUCCCAACACAGCCAGAAGAUCUUGCUAACUUCAUGGAUCAGAUUUUUAGCCAAAUGGAAUCAAAAUUCACUGACAUGGCUCAACAAGUUCUCAAGCGUAUUGAUGAAAUGUCUUCAAAGAUCAACGAGCUCGAAAGUUCGAUUGAUACCCUUAUGCAGCAAGCAGAACAGGACAAAUAA